UGGCUUCAGGUUAGCUUUUGCAAUCUCGCUAUUUGCAUAUUGAUGUGUCUGAAGUCCAUGAGCAGAACAACCAACAGGCUGAGUUCAGAUGUUCCUCCUCUACUACAGCCUGUUUAUCAUAAGUGAUGUGUAUUGCCAUUAAAUCUUGGAGGGGAGGUUGGUAGGACACUAAUCAACGAUAAGACAUGAUAUGAAAUUAACAUGCACUUCAUCAUGCUUAAUUUAAUGUAUCAUACUAUAUGGCUUUACAUUUAGAGACAGUCCCUAUGCGUGGAGCGAGCUGAGUGAGAGUAACUAUGCUACCUAAUUAAAAGUUUCAAGUUGGAGGCACGCUGAUUGUAAAUGACUUCAGAUGAUGCUGGUGGGCUUACUGUUGAUCUCAAGCUGUUCAAGCAGUUAAUUAAAAAAAACGACGUGGCGAACCAAAUCGGUUACAGAUUGCAAUUAAUGCACUCUGUGAGCCGGGCCGGGAGAGAACUACCCUGCCUCGUUAGCAAGCGCACGCCUGCCAGGGUCAGCCUAUAGGAAGGCAACCGCUUUUAUUUGUUUUUCAUCCUUUUUCAUAAGCCAUUAUUAACAGCAAACCAAGCGAUAAGCAAUCAUGUGCAAAAGAAAUGAAAAAACAAAAGCUGCGCCCUCUUGGGAAAAGCCUAACUGUUGCUAUGGCAACCUACCCUCGCACAUUAAAACGGGAGAGUUUAUUUUGAAGGACAGUCCUCUCUUUAUCUUCCCCCUUUGUCCUUUAUUCCUCGGUCUGUGAGAUGAUCAAAGGUAUGGCAGGUAGAUAAAGCGCAGCAGUAAAAGGCGGACAGAGGGGGAGAAAAAGGGGAAGAAUGGAGGGCCCUGCGUGAGGCGGCGGAGCGUCCCCAGGAGAGGAGAGCUCAGCCUGGCCUUUAGCUGAUCCGUCUCUCCCACCGCUCACCUCCUCCUCACCUCUCCAAUAAAAAACCUCCCCCUCACCCUAGGGCCCCGACUCCAGUCUCCCAGCUCCUGAUCAAUCCACCCCCAAAUCAUCCCCCAUCCCUCCCUGCCUCGGUGAGCCAUGGCGGUACCUUCAGCCCACGAGUUUCACUGGCAGAGCCUGGCACGACUGCCCAGCGGCCGCGUCUAUCACACUCUGACUGAGGUGGGGGGGCAGAUGUACAUGCUGGGGGGCUGUGACGCUGCAGGGAGGCCCUGCCCGGCCCUGGAGCUCUACUCCCCCGAGGGGGACCGGUGGAUAAGCCUGCCCCCCAUGCCCACCCCUCGUGCUGGUGCAGCUGUGGCAGUGCUGGGAAAGCAAAUCCUGGUGGUGGGAGGAGUGGGAGAGGACCAGAGCCCCCUGAAAAUGGUGGAGAUGUACAACACAGACGAAGGGAGAUGGAGAAAGAGGAGCGCUCUGCGGGAGGCCUUGAUGGGUGUAUCCAUCACUGUGAAAGUACAACUGCAGAAUACGGUAGAAACGCAGCACGUCGGUCCAUACAGUGGCCCAAGAUGUUUCAGGCAAUAUGGCCGGGCUCUUGCUGUGGGGGGAAUGGGUGCUGACCUGCUGCCUCGUAGCAUCCUGCAGCAGUAUGACCUUCGAAAGGACGUGUGGGCGCUACUUCCUCCCAUGCCGACCCCACGCUACGAUGCCAACACACAUCUGUUGACCAACAAGCUCUACGUGGCAGGUGGUCGUCAGUGUAAGCGACCAGUGAAGGCCUUCGAGGUGUACGACGCAGAGACACGUUCUUGGACUACACUGCCCAUGAUGCCUUGUAAACGUUCGUAUGGGGGCGUGAUAUGGGACACAAGUGGGCGGUUGUGUCUGCUCGGAGGACUGCGGCAGGGAGGAGGACACCAGAGCUCCAAGUUCACCAAGAAUGUCAACAUUUUUGACACCAACCAAGGAGCCUGGUUGAAGUCGGAGGAGACGGUGGCGAUGAAAACAAAGAGAGCUGACUUUGCCGCCGCUUUCCUGCGUGGCCGGAUGAUAGUAGCUGGAGGACUUGGUCAUGAGCCCUCAGCCCUGGACACAGUGGAGGCCUUUCAUCCUCAGAGAAAGAAGUGGGAGAGGUUGGCUCCCAUGACCUUUCCCAGAUGCUCCACCACCUCCAUCGUCAUCAGAGACCGCCUCCUGGUGGUGGGAGGAGUCAACCAGGUUCCCAGCUCAGCCCAUGAGAUCCUGUAUGUGAAAGAAGAAGAGUUUCUGUAGCCUGAAGUAAUUGACACCAGAUGAGUGCAGCACAUCAGUGGUUCCACUGCUUCUCUGUACGACCCUCCAGAAUGAUCAGACUGUAGUGCAAUGUGUAGGAAGCACUGAAAACUCAGAGAGAUGGAGUGAAAGUCCCUGACUUUGUGAUGUAAUGGAACAGAUAACACUGCCCCCUGCUGGGCUGUACUGACACUGAGACCCACAUGUAAGCACACACAUGUACAAUGGAGGAGCUGGCUCUUUCUUUAUACAGAGUUCUGUUUCUUGAUACUUUCAGUAUGUGACACUUCUGCGUUGUACGUUGUAGUGCAUACAUGGAGAAGAACUUUUGUAGCUUAUAUGUCUAGAAAUGUAGACAGAAAAUAUAUGGAUGACCUAUUUUAUGGCAUAUAUGCAUUUCCAGUCUGGUUUUAUGUCUUUGUUAAUGUGUUCAUUUGAGUGCAGCUUGCUAACAAGUGAGCAUCUGUAAAUUAUUUCCACAUAAGAUUUUAAUUCAGUUUAAUGACAUGACUGCAAUAUUUGCAUAUUGUUUAAUAUCAUCUAGCAAAAAAACACCUCUCUGGAAAUGUUUGUUAAACCGUACUGUAACUAAAUUUGCACUAAAGCAAUUAACACUGAGUGGGAGUUGAUUUUACCAUCAAUAAUUUCUAGUGUAAUGUGUUGCAGUAAUUACACUGAGAAUGCUAUACUAUCACUCUUCUACAGUAUGCUGUAACAGUGCACAUUUGUCAGUAUGACCAUAGAUAUGAUUUAAUACAUGAAUAUGUGAAGAGAAACUAUAUUAAGUGACAAUAUGGUGUUUGUUUAAGUAAUUAGCAGAAUGCUGUUGUAGACAAAGAAAUGGAUUCAGUUUGAUUCUGACAUUUUAUUCCUGCAGCAAUACAAGCUCUCUUUGUCAGUGUUUCAUUUGUGAAACAUGUGCUGUGCUGUAAUAAUCAUUAGUUAAUAACACCUCACUCAGGUUGUGAUGUUACAGAUUUGUUUUUGUGACUCCAGAAAUCAUCUACUAACAGGACUGUUUGCUGUCUAAAGCCAAACUCUUGUGUCUUUGGCUCGGGCUGUUGUGCAAUAGGCGGCUAAGCUGUGAAAUGUUUCAUUGUGCUGAGAAAGAUUUUAUUUCAUCCCACAACAUGAUCAGCCUCUGAUCUGUCCUACACCCAAUCAUGUCAUGUAAUAUUGAGGAUAUGAGCAGUCAUAUUCAGUGGAAUAAAUUGGAUUUGUUGUUUGUA